AUGAGCGAGCUCCAGAAGAAGUGGGCAAAAGCAAAGUUUUCCACCGCCGUCCAACACGCCAUGGCACCGCCGCCGCCCCCGUUGUCCUUGGCCGGAUUCAACGAGCCCGACGAGGAAGCCGAGGACCGCUUCGGUUCCGGUCUUGUGCCCAACACCCCGCAAGACGACGACUCGUCCUCGGCGUCGUCGAUGUCGUCUACGGGCACGAUCAUUCCGUCGCCGGGGCGGGCAUUAUUUGCACGGCCGCAGGGCUUCCCCGGCCGCUCGCUGGACCCUAUCCCGUGGACAACCUACUUUGAGCGCGAGCUGUUCCUCCCUGCUGCGGACGGGUCUAUCACCUACCAUGCCUAUCUCACCUCACCGGCCCCGGGGUCUGCGUCCGUCAGUAGUAGUGGUGCUAAGUCUGGUGGUAGUAGCAACGGUGGCCCGCUGUUUGUCACACAUCACGGCGCCGGUUCGUCGGGAUUGUCAUUCGCGGUUCUGGGCGCGGAGAUCCGGAAGCGGUUGCCUACCGCGGGGAUUCUGUCUUUGGAUGCGCGCGGGCAUGGGUUAACGACUACAAACCCGAGUGCCGCUGCCGGUUCUGGUACUGCUACUAGUGCUGAGAACGAAGAUGACGGCGUGAAUGGGGUUGAGAGCGGGGGUAACACGGCAGAGGAUCUGAGCCUGACGACUCUAGCCUCUGAUCUGCUGGCCGUAUUAACUCUCACUCAAGCUGCCAUGAACUGGACCUCACUACCACCUGUGAUACUGGUAGGCCAUUCGCUCGGUGGCGCUGUGGUGACCGAGUUUGCCUCAGUUCUGCUGCCGACGCUAAAACCACCCAACCAUCCCGAUCGCUCCGUAUCAUCACCAGCGAGACCACCACCACCACCAUCAACAUCAUUACCACCAACACACCCAUCGCCCGAAUCCCCCGCCUCAGCCAGCCCACUCAACAUCGACCUCCUCGGUUACGCCGUCCUUGACGUCGUCGAAGGCUCAGCCAUCGACGCCCUGCAGAGCAUGCACGCCUACCUAGCCACGCGCCCCGCCGGUUUUGCCUCUCCGCGCGACGCCGUCGACUGGCAUGUGCGCUCGCGCACGUUACGCAACGCCGUCAGCGCGCGGGCAAGCGUGCCGGCGUUACUAGUGCGUCAAGAGCCAGAGCCAGGGAGAGGGAAAGAUGAAGACCAACGGGGGGUUGUUGGGGUUGAGGAAAACGGGAUCAUCAGGGAAGAGCAUGACGAUGAGGCUAAAACCGGCGUCGAGGAAGGAAAGGGCCAGAACGCCACCAGGGCCUGGAGUCGGACGGGACAGGGCAAGCCAGAUAAGCCGUGGCGAUGGCGAACUGAUCUGGCUGCUACGCAGCCUUUCUGGGAGGGCUGGUUCACUGGUCUUAGCAAGAAGUUCUUGAGCGGCCGUGGCGGCAAGAUGUUGUUACUGGCGGGAACGGACCGGUUGGAUACCGAGUUGACGAUUGGGCAGAUGCAGGGUAAAUACGCGCUUCAAGUCUUCCCCGAGGCUGGGCAUUUUAUCCACGAAGACCUACCCGAGAAGACGGCGAUGACGUUGGUGGAUUUCCACCGAAGAAAUGACCGAGGCGCGUUGGUGCUGCCGCCCAAGGUCUCGGAGCUACUGGCGCAGGGGAAGAGGGUGUAA